AUGUCCGACGAUCUAGCGGCCUCCGGCUCCUUUAUGGAACAUUCCACCGCAACAUCGCAGCCAUCCGUCAUUGAUGUUCCUGCGCCGGAUGAGGACGAGAUGGACUCAUUACCAUCGUCUCCGACCGACGACUCGCUGAGCAUGUCCGAUGAUGAGGACUGGCAACGGGCAGAUCGAGAGUGGAAAGAGUCCCUACAGCAGCUCGAGCUGCUCUUGUCUAUGGUCAUCAUUCCAUAUCUCGGCAAAUACUUCGGUCGGAAAUUCGCAUACUGGGGAUGGAAGCGGUACAUGGAGUGGCAAUACCCGGUCGAGAUCGUCUUUACAAACAAAUCACAAUUCAAAGCUGUUGGAGCCGUCGAAGCCGCAGCUAGUCUAUGA